GAGCACGGCCCCGGGGUGCGCACUGCCCGAGGGUGAGCACUGCCCGAGGGUGAGCACGGCCCCGGGGUGCGCACUGCCCGAGGGUGAGCACGGCACGGCACCGCCCCCGGUGAGCACGGCCCGAGGGCGAGCACAGCCCCCGGUGAGCACGGCACAGCAUGGCCCGGCCCCCGGUGAGCACGCCCCGGGGUGAGCACGGCUCAGCAUGGCCCGGCCCCCGGUGAGCACGCCCCGGGGUGAGCACGGCACGGCUCGGCACGGCCCGGCCCCCGGUGAGCACGGCCCGGCGCCGGCGGCCCCGCCGCACCGUGCGCAGCGCCAGCGCCGCCCCGCCUCCUGCCCCAUAAAUAGCGGGCGGCCGGCGCUGGUCCGCACCGCCGCCAGCCCCGCCGGACCGAGCCGAGCAGAGCCGAGCUAGACUGAGCUAAACCCAGCCGAGCCGAGCCAUGGACCCCCAGGACUGCACGUGUGCCGCCGGUGACUCCUGCUCCUGCGCCGGGUCCUGCAAGUGCAAGAACUGCCGCUGCCGGAGCUGCCGCAAGAGUUGCUGCUCCUGCUGCCCUGCGAGCUGCAGCAACUGCGCCAAGGGCUGCGUGUGCAAGGAGCCGACGAGCAGCAAGUGCAGCUGCUGCCACUGAGCCGCUCGCCUCUGCCUGUAAAUAGUCGGCACACUUCGGGGACGGGGGGUGGGGGGCACAGAAAAGCCUAUUUUUUUGGUUUUGUUUUUCUUGUUUUGUAUUUUCUGUACCAGUGGUGAAACUGGAUGGAAAUAAAGGAGUUUGUCUGGAGGUACAA